UGUUGCUAUGCUAACUCGCUAAGCUGUAAUCACUCUUGGACUUUCUCAUACAGGGGGUGGGGCAACCCCUGGGCGGGGUUUGAGCGUCACAAUGUGGACUUCCUGAUUAGGAAGUAAAAUAAAUGCUAACCCGCUAAUUAGACUGGAUCAGCUUUUAAGCUAGCAGGACAUUUUGAUGGGCCCCGGUGAAUCCAUGUUCAGGACAGGCCGACUCCGACCGGAAUGUAGGCCAGCAUCGGUGCCGCUAAACGGGUCAUUCCCAGGCUGCAGUCGGGAUGGGAUCACUAACUGGAGCACCGUGUUCCAACCAGCGCCGUCCAUUAAAAGGACACCCUGGGGGAGCAGGGGGGGGGCAAAGAGGAAGGGUACCGCAUUGUGUGCCAGCAUCCCCGCCGCCUGACCCCACCCACUCAGGAAACACUCGUCCACUUAGGCUCAAACGCUGCUGCUUGCCGCGCUGAAUUAUUCAUGAGCUCCUCAUUAAAUAUUCACGUGUGAACGGAGUCCACAUUUAGAUUCCUGUUUUCUAUUUCCGUCUGCGCCCCCCCCCCCCCACCCCCCACCCCCCGCACUCGGUCGCUGCUAAACGAUGCAGGUGUUGUGUGCCGCCCUCGCCUGAUGAUGUGGAUUAUUUCCAGUCAUUCCGAUUAUUGUUAUUUGGUUUUUAUUUGCCCUGCGGAAUAUCGUGGGAAUAACAUUUACUUUUUCCCUUGAAUUUAUCAGGAUUACACCAGGACUAUAGUUUCUGGUGGGUACUGUUGCCCCCCUUGACCCCCCUUGACCAAACACUUAAGUACUCCAUCCACGUAGUGUACUGUCUGUUAGCACCAGGUAUGAAGGAGCCUACCCCAGUAGGCUUGGAGACAUUGGAGACGUCAUAACGAGUUGUCUGGUCCGUUUAUCCACCGCGCCAAUGAGGCGAUCCGAGGACGGUGACUUGUGUCCGGCGGAUCAACCUUUGGGUCGGGAAGCACACACACUUGGAAAAUGUCAAAUGGCUUUUCACCAGCAGAGGGCGCCAUUUAACUUGCCCAUUCAUUUUUCCAUUGGGGACAUUUUCACUGAAAAUAUCAAUUACGCUAAAUGUGGGAAUAUUUUGAUAUCGGUAUCAAACAUGUCCCCAGUGUGCUCAACAUUGUGACGUUGGAUUUGUUUGAAUUGGUGAAGAUAUGGAGGAGUAGUUAGCAGACAAAAAAUGAGGCGGAAUAAGAAAUAGAAGAAGAAGAGGAGGAGGAAUAAAUCGAUGAAAAUUCCUCUCAGCAUUCCCACAAUUAGGAUUUGAGCAACAGCAGCUGGUGAUUUGUCCGGAUCAAACAUCAUGGCAUGACGGCGCUAGCACAUGACUACCAUCAGGAGAACCAGAAUCCGGAGGGGGAGGAGCCGCGUGCUGUGGCCCAGGAUGGUGCACUGUAUUCGGGCACACGCUCCGAGCAGCCGCCUGUGAUGCCACGGAGGUCUUUUCACGUUUCGGGUGGCUGGUGAGGUUUUUGGGGUCCUUCCUCUCCAAGUGUGUGAUUCCACACUACGAUACAUGCAAAAAACUGCAAGGCAUGCUUGGUAAUUUCCUGUAGAGGACGCAUACACAGGUUUCCCAGCAUGCCUUUCGGGUUGGACAUGAGAAGAAAUAGUCGUGUUUUUUUCGAGCAGCCACCAGAGGGCGGCAUGCCGUGUCCCCGCAUCCGCCUCACCUGAGACGUCGCAUUUUUUCCAAACACCGGUCUUUGAACACAACACAAGCCUUUGAUUUGGGCACACAAUCAGUGUGAAACCAUGCAGAACGUAAACAACACAUUUAGCACGACGGCAAUAUCCAAUCAUGUCUGCAAGCGUUGCGUUUGCGUCCCUAAACGACCUAUUUACACGCCCCCCCCCCUCCCCCCGGAUUAUUUCCCAACCACGUCGACAGAGGCUCGUAUUUCACGGCGGAUUAAAGCGACGAGACGCUAAUUGCACAUUAAAACAGACUCACCUUUCUCUCGCCGCUUUUCAGGUGCCGUCCAAAAUUCCCAAAUUGUCGGUGUUUGACGGAUUUGUGUGUGUGGGGGGGGGGGGGGGGUAUAGUCGGGGGAGUGGGAAGCAAAUGAGGAGAUUAUCGGUGACAACAAUCCCGUCAGACAUGACGUGAAGGCGCGGUGUGAGGGUGAAAUUCCAGAACCGAGAAGAGGUGCUGUUAGCCAAUCGGAAGGCUGAAGAAAGCCGCUUCCGGAAAAAAAAAAAAAAAACUCUUCCUGUCUGAUCCACAUCGCCUCCCUGAGAGAAACCCCCCACUCCAAAUGGAGGAGGAAGUGGGCCAACCUGGAAGUUUCCGACCCCUCAGGAUGAUUAAGGAAGGAACAUUAUUGGAUGGUUUUUGAAUAAAGAGGAGGGGCUUCUAAUGGUGGUGGGUGGAGCCUCCGUUGGAAUAGCAGCAGCCGAGCCACGCCCCCACGCCACUCGGCACCUGGCAGCGUAGAGGAGAAGACCUCCAGGAAGACCAAGGAACAUCAUCAUCAUCAUUAAGAGGAAGAGGAAGGCUGCCCAGGUGGAGGAAGAGGAGGAGUGGGCGGGAAGAAAAGAGAAUGUGAAAGUGUUUUUUUCCUUCUUCCCGCGGUGGUCCGCCUGGACUCUUGCACCUGUGCUGUCCACCUGCCCCCCCCCGCGCCCCGGCCCCGGCCCCGGCCCCCCACCACCCCCCCCCCAACCCCAACCCUCCCGGACAACCUCGUUGUCGGCGCGGCGACAUGACUUCCUCUUACGGUCUGGACUUCCUGCCCGACAUGAUGGUGGACAGCCGCCUGCUCGUCCCCGCUGACAGGAUCAACGGCACGGCCGGGAAGAUGAACGGCGCUCUGGAGCAUUCGGACCAGCCCGACCCGGACGCCAUCAAGAUGUUUGUGGGCCAGAUCCCUCGCUCCUGGUCGGAGAAGGAGCUGAAGGAGCUCUUCGAGCCGUACGGCGCCGUCUACCAGAUCAACAUCCUGAGGGACCGCAGCCAGAACCCACCCCAGAGCAAAGGCUGCUGUUUUGUUACCUUUUACACCAGGAAAGCUGCCCUGGAAGCCCAGAAUGCACUUCACAACAUCAAGACCUUAACAGGGAUGCACCACCCCAUCCAGAUGAAGCCUGCAGACAGUGAGAAGUCUAACGCGGUGGAAGACAGGAAGCUGUUCAUCGGGAUGGUGUCCAAGAAGUGCAACGAGAACGACAUCCGGGUCAUGUUCUCGGCCUUCGGGCAGAUCGAGGAAUGCCGGAUCCUGCGGGGACCCGACGGGCUGAGCAGAGGAUGUGCGUUUGUCACGUUUUCCACCCGAGCGAUGGCACAGAAUGCCAUCAAAGCCAUGCACCAGUCUCAGACCAUGGAGGGCUGCUCGUCUCCCAUCGUGGUGAAGUUUGCCGACACGCAGAAGGACAAGGAGCAGCGGCGCCUGCAGCAGCAGUUGGCCCAGCAGAUGCAGCAGCUCAACAGCGCCACCACCUGGGGCGGCCUGACCGGCCUGGGCGGCCUCACCCCGCAGUACCUGGCGUUGCUCCAGCAGGCCACCUCCUCCGGCAACCUGGGGGCCUUCAGCGGGAUCCAGCAGAUGGCCGGUAUGAGCGCUCUGCAGUUGCAGAACUUGGCCACUUUAGCGGCGGCGGCGGCAGCGGCCCAAAACUCAGCCAGCCCGUCCACCGCCAACCCCCUGUCCUCCAACGCCGCCUCCCUGGGAGCGUUGGCCAGCCCAGCAGCGGGCACCACCGCCAGCUCCAACGCGGGCGCCAUGAACUCGCUGACCUCCCUGGGCACCCUGCAGGGCCUGGCGGGCGCCACGGUGGGCCUCAACAACAUCAACGCACUAGCAGGUAGCGUCAACAGUAUGGCGGCGCUCAACGGCGGCCUGGGCGGCGCCGGGCUGGCCAACGGGGCGGCGGGCACCAUGGACGCGCUGACGCAGGCCUACUCAGGGAUCCAACAGUACGCCGCCGCCGCGCUGCCCACCCUCUACAGCCAGUCGCUGCUGCAGCAGCAGGGCGCCGCCGGCAGCCAGAAGGAAGGCCCCGAGGGCGCCAACCUGUUCAUCUACCACCUGCCCCAGGAGUUUGGAGACCAGGACAUCCUGCAGAUGUUCAUGCCUUUCGGGAACGUGGUCUCGGCCAAAGUCUUCAUCGACAAACAGACCAACCUCAGCAAGUGCUUCGGCUUCGUGAGCUACGACAAUCCGGUGUCGGCGCAGGCGGCCAUCCAGGCCAUGAACGGCUUCCAGAUCGGGAUGAAGCGGCUGAAGGUGCAGCUGAAGCGCUCCAAGAACGACAGCAAACCCUACUGAUGCUAGCCGCUAGCCUCUGCCUGCCCCCCCGCCCCAGCACUGACAGGAAGCACCGUCCUCAUGCCUGAUAGCACAUCCAGCACGUGUCGCUGGCGCCCCCCCCGCCCCCCCCCCCCACAGCAAAAGUGCAAAUCCAUGCCCGCCCCACCACCACCGUCAACACCCCCUCCUCUUAAAAAAAAAAAGAAAAAGAAAGAAAAAACCAAAACAGCGUUCUUGUCCUCACACGUCCUUUGUCUGACGUCCCGGUCCUCCGCCGCCAAUGCCUACGAACGUCUUGGGGAUUUGGGGGGGGGGGGGGGGGGGGGGGUUUGUGCAUGUGACCUCAUGUGGACGUGUUUCGGAGGAGGGGGUGUUGCGUGAAGGUAAGAAAAAAAAGUGAAACGCUGCAUUCAUUGCUUCAUUUCUCUUCCUCUUUGUGUCACUGGUACGCCAAACGUAAACUUGAACGCGGCGGUGGCGGUGGCGGUGGCGGUGGCGGUGGCGGCGGCGGCGAGAGAAUAAGACUACUUCCGCACAGUUUGGACUCCAAGCUCACCGGGACGAUGCUUUUUACACUUUUCAGGCCAUGUAAAGUUUUUGAUAAGGCUGACUUUCUCAUUCAAAGUCUAUAUAUAGAUCCACUUUUUCUAGAGUAGUUUCCAGGGGAACCACUCCCACACACACACACACACACAAGAGAAAAAAACAACAAAAGGGGGGGGGGGAGAAAUGCUACCUACUUGUGUCACCUUUUUGCUGAACUGACUCACAGAUAGACAAUCCGUGGUUGAAAUGCACAUGAUGAAAUAGGACAAACUAUAUUUUCUACUCUUUAGACGGUACAAAAAAAAAAAGACAAAAAAAGCGUACGUGUGAGCUGCGUUGACGUCGGUGCUUCUCGUGAGUUUAGUUCCAGUCCAAAAGGGUCUUCAAUGUCUCAUCUUUUGCUUUUGAGGACACAAAAAAUGACUUUACUUGAACAACUGCCACCCGGUGUUUGGGACACUUUGAAGAAAUCCAAAAAAAAAUCGACGCAGAUUUCGGAGGUCUGAAAUUUACGGGAAAAAUAGCAGGUUUCCGAGGAAAGACGUCAGACGUUGACGUCUAUUUACACGGGAAAUGGCGGCCAUUUACGAGAACAGAUUCAUACGUUUUUAUUGCAGAUUUAUUCAAGUUUAAUAAAGUCGUACAUUUACAAUAAAAAACUAAUAAAUGACUAGAAAAAAAAUAAAAAUGUUGUCGCUUUAGGAGAAUAAGGUGGUAAACGUAUCAGAAAAAAGGGUACAUUUAUUCAAAUAAAUUCAUGAAUUUAUGUCGAAAAAACGUGUCAACACAUCGAGGAAAAAAGGAAAUUUCUUGUCAAUUCCCAACAUUUUUUCUCCUUAAGAAAUAAUCUGGGAUUACGAGAACAAAGUCGUAAAAAUGUACGACUUCAUGCUCGUAAAUCUACGACUUUUUUUCUUAUAAGUUGACAACUUUAUUCUGCAAAAAUGCAGCUCAUCAAUUUCCGCGUAUGACAGCAGUAAGUGGAAAAAGUAGCACAAUGACGACAGAACCGCUAGCCAAGGUAGGCGACAGACGUCGUAUGUGAAAGGAGUACGUUUAAUAAAAUUCCUUAAGGUUGGAAAUUCAGGAAAAUCAAGUUUUUCUCAUGAUAACAAAUCAUGUGAAUUUUUUUUUCCCUGAAAUGUAGGAUUCUUCGAGUAAACGUUGAUCCGCAUGAGAUGUUUGGUUUUCCAAAGCGUUCCUGAUACUCGGCGGCGAAGAAUAGACGAAGCCUUUCUUUGUUUUUUUUUUGUUUUUGUUUUUUUACCAGUCCCUUUUCUUGUUGUUGAAUUAGCUCUAUGAAAUAUAUAUAGAAAUACAAAGAAAUAAAUCUAUCUAUAUAUAUAUAUAUCUAUCUAUACAGUAUAUAUCUAUACAGUAUAUCUCUAUAAUGUCAGCUUGUGAAGCAUCAAUGUCAUUCUUUUCUUUUUUCUCUCUGGUUGGAAUUUGGAUGUGUUUUUUGUCUUCUAAGGCGGUUAAAAAAAGAAAAAAAAGAAAAAAGAAAACCAACAAAAAAAGCAACAGUGGAGUUUAGUGCCAAAUAUGGAAGGUACUUCCUGCCUAGCGUCCGUGUACUUCUUCUUCUUCUUCUUCUUCUUCUUCUUCUGGUGACAUGAUGAUUUGAUAACAUGCUAUUCUAUUUUAUUAUCAGUGUUUUCUAUGGAGUCCCUCCUAUUUAAAAAAAAAAAAAAAGUUCUAGAUUUCAAGAAAAAAAGUUUGUUAACUUGUGGUCUUGUUGCCUGAAAUAUGUCCUGUUUGCUUUUUCUUUGGAUUUUUUUCUUUGUAAAAAUGUACAAAAAAAGAAGUGCCCAUGUGUCAUAUGAAUAUUUAUAUAUAUCUAUAGACACACACACACGUGCACACUCUCACUUUGUUGUUGUUGUGCACGAGAGCCCCCGAGUGUGAAGCCCCCCCGGCCACCCCCCCCCACACACACACACACCCCUCCCCCCACGCACGCUUUCGCGUUUGUUUGGAAGACAAGCACAUCCGAGGUGGGCGGAGUCUAGAUGUUUACAUGGCACAGUGUUGUCAGUCUGCUGACCCCCAACCCCGCCCCCCCCCUUAACGCCUACCUGAGCGGGAGGGGGGGGGGGGGGGUCUGCAAAAAGACAAAAAACCAAAAGGCAGCAUUCUUUUCUACACGAGCUCACCACUCGCCUUAAACAGGGAGGAGCCUUUUAUCGGUCCUCCUUCCGUGGGCGGGCUUUCCUGGGGAGGCGGAGCUUCAUGAGGGGGGCGGAGCUAGGAGACCAAGUACGGUAGAUCCCCGCCCACCAGGGGCCACUUCUAAAUAUAUAUUAUGUUUUGUUUACAUUUCAUGAGGAAAAGAAUAAAUCAUCAUUUUAGUCGCAUUAAGUGGAAAUAUUCAAGAUUUCUUUUAAAGUUAUAAUAUUGAUAUGUUACAAACAAAACAAGGAAUAAAGUUGUGAUUUUUCUUAAGUUAUGUUACAAGAAUAAAGGCGAAAUAUUGACAUGACGAAAAAUGCAAUAGAUGAAAAAUGGAAAAAUGAAACAGCAGAGAAGGAUAAACAAGCUGUCAUUUUAUCACAAUAAAAUCUAAAUAUUCUGGGGGGGGAAAGUAGUAUCAUAUGAGAAAAAAGUGGCGAUUUUAUGAGGGAAAAAUAAUAUAAUUUUGGGAGUCAAUAUAUUAGAGAAAACUAAAUUGGAAAACUAAGUUGGGAAAUAGUUAGAAUAACCAGAAAAAAGUGGCAAUUGAAUAAUAAAAAUAAUGUCUUUGAGAAGCAUCAAGUUGAAAUAUUUACGAAAAAGUCAUAUUGGUAAAAAAAAAAACUAUUGAAAUAUUAGGUUGUGAAAAAGUUACAAUAUUAUUUUACUAAACAAUUAUAGGAUGAAAGAAGCAUCAAGUUGAAAUAUCAUGAAAAAAGUCAUUCAUUAAAAAAACUAUUGAAAUAUUAGAUUGUGAAAAAGUUAUUAUUAUUAUUUUACUAAACAAUAAUAGGAUGAAAAACUUCUCAUUUUCUGAGAAUAAAGUGUUCAUAUUAUUAGGGAAAAGAAUGCUGUGAAAAGGUGGAAAUGUUACGGGAAUAAAGUCCAAAUAACCCAAGAAGGACUUUUCUUCCGCUUGGUUUUUAUUAUUCCCCUAAAAUGUGGCAGGCUAACACGUGUGCUAACGCGUGUGCUAACACGUGUGCUAACAGGGAUCUACUGCACUCACACGCCGGCGUCGGUAAGCACAAGGCGGCGGGCGGGGCCACGGCGGAGGGGGCGUGUCACUCGGGGGCUGUCCUGCCGCUCGUGAUCUGGUGUCUUCUGUCCUCCACGAGCAAAGAGACGUUUGUCGGAAGAAUAUAUCCAAGUGUUUGUGUUUUCCUUCUUUGUGCAGAUGAAGCUUGUCGCGUGUGCUUUCCUUUUCGUUGUGUGGUUCUAUAGCCGGUCGUCGUGGUGUCGAGAGAAGCCAAAGUUAGCGUGAUGUGUGUUUGUUCGCCAGCACGGACGGGACGGGACGACAACAUGCAGGCUUUCUACUUCUACAACUGAUUGUACUUAUGCAUCAUUUUCUACCAGUGCUACUUUUUAUACUGGAGAUUCAAGCAUAGAGGAAAAAAAAAAAACCUACUACUGUCUGUGUGGCCACGCCCCCCGCCCCUCCCAUCGUUUCUUUCGCUUCCUGGCUGGCGUGUCGGAUCUCUGUCAGGGAGCCGUACAGGGUGUUUUGGUUUUCCUAACGUGCCGUCGCCACCAGCACACUGAAGUAUUGAGUCACCUUGAGUGGGUUCCUUGGUUUGCUUUGCUUUCGGCCUUUCUCUGUCCUCCUCCGUGAACUUGAGUGUGUAGCUCCAGCGGUCACAGUUCUUUUUGGAAACGUUUGUUCUUGUGUGAUGACGUUUUUUGCUUCUGUCUCCUAUAUUAAAACAUUUUUCCUAAUACUCC